AUGACAAAUUCCUACUUCUCCGAGGACAUCUUCGACAAUACGGAAGCGGCCUUCCUCGCCGCCCCCGACGCUCUGACGGCAGCCUUAUCUGCGGACAACGAAGCAGCAAGUAACCCUUGUAAUAUAAGCUCCGUUUCUUGUCAUCGCGAAUCCGCGCCGGCUGUCAAAUUCCCUCGCAUUGAAUUGCCUAAAUUUUCCGGGGAUAAUACCGAGUGGGAAAACUUUAGAGAUCUCUUUCACGCUUUAGUGAGUUCAAAUGAAGCGUUGUCCGACGUUCAAAGGUUGCACUAUUUAAAAGUAAGUUUGACCGGUGCAGCUUCUCUUUUGUUAAAAAAUGUUUCCACUUCCGCGGCGAAUUACGAAGCAGCGUGGAGAUUGUUGACAGACAGAUACGCGAACGAACGCGCGCUCAUAACUGCUCAUUUAAAAAUGUUAUUUGACUCACCCCCGAUCGGAUCUGCCGUUUUAAACGAUCUAAGGAGCUUACGUGAUAGAUCUCGCGCCACUUUAACGGCAUUAAAGAAUUUAUAG